AUGAAGAAAGGAAACUUGGGGCUUGGUCUCAAACUGUCAGUUCCUGUCUCUGAUCAAUCUAAUUUUGCCAAGUUCCUGACUGAAAGUGGGACUUUUAAGGAUGGGGAUCUGCUUGUCAACAGGGAUGGAGUUCGAAUUGUCCCUCAGAAUGAUGUGGAAGCUCCACCUCCAAUCAAGCCUACAGACGACCAGUUAACUUUGGCAGACAUAGAUGUUAUCAAAGUUGUUGGAAAGGGAAAUGGAGGGGUAGUCCAAUUGGUACAGCACAAAUGGACUAGUCAGUUUUUUGCAUUGAAGGUAAUUCAAAUGAAUAUCGAGGAGUCAAUGCGCAAACAGAUUGCACAAGAGCUGAAAAUUAAUCAACAAGCACAUUGUCCUUAUGUUGUAGUCUGCUAUCAAUCAUUUUAUGAAAACGGUGUCAUAUCAAUCAUCUUAGAGUACAUGGAUGGGGGCUCCUUAGCUGAUCUUCUGAAGAAAGUUAAAACAAUUCCAGAGCCUUAUCUUGCUGCCAUCUGUAAGCAGGUGCUGAAGGGUUUGGUUUACCUUCACCAGGAAGUGCAUAUUAUCCACAGAGACUUAAAACCUUCUAAUUUGUUAAUAAAUCAUGCAGGAGAAGUAAAGAUUACCGACUUUGGUGUGAGUGCAAUUAUGGAAAGUACAUCUGGUCAAGCAAAUACUUUCAUUGGGACUUACAACUAUAUGUCUCCAGAGAGAAUCAACGGAAGCCAGCGAGGCUACAACUUCAAAAGUGAUAUAUGGAGUUUGGGACUAAUAUUGCUUGAGUGUGCUUUGGGACGGUUUCCAUAUACACCAGAAGAUCAAAGUGAAAAAUGGGAAAGCAUUUUUGAGCUUAUUGAAACCAUUGUUGACAAACCUCCUCCUAUUCCUCCAUCUGAGCAAUUUUCUACAGAAUUUUGCACAUUUAUCUCAGCAUGUCUACAGAAAGACCCAAAGGAUCGACUGUCAGCUCAGGACUUAAUGGGACAUCCUUUUGUCAGCUUGUAUGAUGACUUGGAGGUGGAUCUUUCAUCUUACUUCUCCGACGCAGGAUCUCCUCUUGCUACCUUAUAA